AGAGAUAGGGAGAGAUCAAGAAACACACUACAAAGGAAGACCACCAAAAAGGAUAGAGUGCUAAAAAUCUUGAAUUUCUAGCGGCUUAUUUUUUGAUAAAAUCUUUCUUCUUGAACUCAAUCCCCCUCCCCCCUCUAAUUCCCCGCUUCUCUGUAUCCCUUUCUGUCAAUCGUCUGUCUUUCAAAGAAUCUAAUUUGGGGUUUGUUUCUUUUGUUUAGUGAUUUUAAAGCUGAAAUCUUUGUUUUAAAAAAGAAAACAAGCAAUUCCCUGCAAAGGGUGAAAGCCAGGUGAUUCAGAAUAGAGAUCCAGGUUGAUUUUCAUUUCUUCUACCUUCCUUUUGCUUUGCUUUUUUAAUUUCAUCAACUUGACGGGUUUGUUUUUGGUCCCUCAAGGUUGGUUUUUGUGCAAAAAAACCUCUUCUUUUAUCUGGGUUUUUUUUCCUUCUCUUCCUCUUGUUUGUAAAACCUCAGUAAUUUUGCCACCUCUUUAGUUUUGUUUCAAGUACUGAUUAACAGGAAUGGCAGCAGCUAUCGAUAUCUACAACACAACAGUGCCAGUUUUUUCAGAUCCUUGUAGAGAAGAACUCAUGAAAGCACUUGAACCUUUUAUGAAAAGUGCUUCGCCAUCACCAACUUCCACUUAUUCUUCACCUUCUCCUUCAACUUCUUCUCCUCCUUUCUCUUCUCAACCUUCUUGCUUUUACAACAAUAACUCUCCCAUCUCUUCAUAUCCCAACUUGGACCUUAGCUUUUGCUCUCCAACGAGCACCCAGAUGUUUUCUAAUGGGUUCUUGGAUUAUAACCAAAUGGGUUUCGAGCAAACAGGUCCAAUUGGGCUUAACCACCUUACACCUUCACAAAUCCUCCAAAUCCAAGCCAAAAUCCACUUCCAACAACAACAGCAGCAGAAAAUGGAAAAUCUUGCUACCACCACAUCACAGUUUGUUCAUAACCAAAGGGCUAGUAACUUCUUGGCUCCAAAACCUGUCCCUAUGAAACAAUCUGCUGCUUCUCCUCAAAAGCCAACAAAGCUUUAUAGAGGAGUCAGGCAGAGGCAUUGGGGAAAAUGGGUUGCUGAGAUUAGACUUCCAAAGAACAGAACUAGACUCUGGCUUGGCACUUAUGACACAGCUGAAGAGGCAGCUUUGGCUUAUGAUAAUGCUGCUUAUAAGCUGAGAGGAGAAUAUGCUAGGCUUAACUUUCCACAUCUUCGCCACCAGGGAGCUCAUGUGUCUGGUGAAUUUGGUGAUUACAAGCCUCUCCAUUCCUCUGUUGAUGCAAAGUUACAAGCAAUUUGUCAAAGCCUGGGCUUGCAAAAACAGGGGAAAACAAGGGAGCCCAGUUCUGUUGCUAAUUCAAAAAAGAUUGCAACAGCUCCUUUGCAAGCAAAAAUUGAAGAUGAUUGUUCUUUGAGAGGUGAAUUGAAAACGGAGUAUGAGAAUUUUGGAGUUGAGGACUAUAAGGUGGAGAUCCCAUCACCAUCACCAGCUUCAUCUGACGAAUCAUUGGCUGGUUCUUCUUCACCAGAAUCUGAGAUUUCUUUCUUGGAUUUCUCUGGCUCUUUACAGUGGGACGAGUUUGAGAAUUUUGGUUUGGAGAAGUACCCUUCAGUUGAGAUUGACUGGUCAUCCAUCUAAGUCUUGAAUUAUUACCAUGUAAUCUUCUUUUUAGGUUUAUUUUGGUGUCUUCCAGUAGCUUCUGCAAUGAAGUUUUUGGCAUUUGCAGAAGUGCUGUUAAGGGGUCAGUCAGUUUUAGAUUCUAAGUUCUAUUAAUUAUGCUGUCGAUAUGUAUAGUAGGUCGCUCUCCAUCUUUGGUCUAGCUGGUACUUUUUUUCCUUGCUUGACCAUGGAGGAGUUUCUAUGUUUGGUCUGUAUUUUGAGGUCAGGUGUAAUUAAGCAUCAGUCUUUGAAUAUAUCAAUCUAGUCCAACUUUUCUCCA